UUGUUAACGUCACUGAUCCAUCAGUCGGUCUGCUCUCACUGUAGAGCAAAAGGUGACAGUCGGUUUUCCCAAGUUCAGUUGUCAUCCUGCCUGCAAUAGAUAACUUCCACAGUUACAAAACACUGGAAUGAAAUGGAUUAAUCACCUCCUCUUUGUGUAGAUCAGUUCUCCAGAGCCUUAAUAAACUAAUUAUUCUGUUCAGGUGGUGCAGCAGAGGCACAUCUAAACGUUGCAGGACAGCGGCCCUUAAGGACUGGAGUUUGACACUUGUGGUACAUAGUGUUAAUUAAAUUAGGCAGCAUUCACUUAAGCCACUAAUACAUUUACUUUUUACAUUUCUUCACUAUCAGAUCCAACAAUUGGGAAUGAUUUGCACGUAAUCACAGAAUAUGUUUCACACGGAAUGCUCCUUUUCAAAAGAGGAGCAGAGAAUCAUUUUACUGCUGGAAAACUCUGACCCAAAUUAUCAGCCACUGCCAGCCACCACCACAGAUAACUCAGAAUAUCGGUCACACCCAACGACUAGCAUGGAGAACUGCAAAUGUCCAGCAAUUCCUCCGAAAGAUUUAACUGUACGAACAGACGAAUGCUUCCAGAACAACAGUGUAUAUCGCUACCAGUGUAUUCCAGGCUAUACGAGAAAACCAGGAACAUCAAACCUCAUCAAAUGUCAGGAGAAGAACGGUGUUUUACAGUGGACUGAAUCUCUAUUCAAGUGCAUAACUGACCCAAAUUAUCCGUCAUCGACAGCCACCACCACAGGACCUUCCUCCACCCUCCAGAGCGUCAGAACCUCCACCUCUGAUCCUGCAGCUUCUCCCAACACGGAGCCAAGCGCUCUGGGAGGAGAACGCAUGACCGUUUGCAUCAGUUUAAUCGGAGUGAUUCUAUUCUUCAUCGUGUGCGGCGUCAUCUUCUUCCUAUAUCGACAGAGAAACAAGCCGAUUCCUCCAAGAGAUCUGGAGGAACUGGAAGCUAUGAAAUGCUGACGGUGAUGUAGAACGUCAGUCAGAGGAAGCACAAGGUUGAAGGAAGUAACGAUGAAUAACCUGUACUUCCUAUAUAUGUACCCACUGUGAUGCCAUCAUCUGGUUUCAGUAAUGUGGUUUUGAAGCCUAGUUUGAAAUUUGCCAUAUUGUUUUGUUCGUUUAUUUUCUUAAGACCAACUUGAACAAAAUGACUGUUUUGGAUCAAUUUCAUGUAUUUUUCAUGUGUAUUACAAUGUUUUCAUCGAUUAAUCUGCAGUUACAGUGUGCAUUAAAUUAGAUUUCAGUACAAACACAGGCAGCUACCCCUUCAGCAUUAUGCUGCCAUCGCCAUUUUUUUUUUAUUGUUUUUUGUUUUUGUUUUUUUUUAACCUUGAGCAAAUAGAAAAACAUUCACCAGGGUCUGGCUUAUGUCCUCCAAACACAUCAAUAGGUUAAAGUUAACAUGGAAAAAUACAGAAGACGACAACAGCCAUUUUGUAAAACUUUUUUUUUUCUUGCAUUCUUUUUGACUUGUGUGUUUUACUGUGGAUGGAUGAAUGGAAUUAAAAAAAAUGUUUUAAAUUACUUAUCCAUUAAAAAGCAAGCUCGUUUUUCAUGAAUGUAACUUUGCCUUAAAGAUUUUAAGUGUGCAUUCUGUGUAGGAAGUUGACAGUUCUUGUGCGCCCCCUGCUGGUUGGGAGCAGCCAUUCUGUUUAUGUCUUGUGUGUUUUAUGUGCCCAAAACAAGGUGCUACGUCAAUUUUUUUUAAAUCUUAUUUGAUACUGUUUUGAUUUCUAGGUUUGUUAUUAACCUAAAUUCUCGUAGCUGAGUAAAAUAAAUUGAGAAAUGUUAGGAAGGCAGCAGCAUGUACUCCUCUGUUAGCACAUGAAGUAACUGGGAUCUUCUGUUUAGAUUAUGCAGAUUGUUGCUCGUUUUAGAAUUUGACCUUUAUAUUCCAGAUUAAAUGAAGUGAAUAAAUUGAAUACAAAUAUAACAUUUUAUUUAAUUGA